ACCCUGUCCAGGCAGGACGUUACGCCGCCCCGCUCCGUGCCGGUGUGCCAGUACGAGCUGCAGCUCGCGAGGAGUCACUGCGGCAUUUGACGCCAGGACUGUGCUGUGCGGAAAGCUCGCGUGUGCUGUGUUGCCGUGCUGUGUGUGUGUUACCGUCUGUGUCUGUGUUGUUGUUGGUGUGCAAACCGGAGCAAGGAUAUAAGCGACUUGAAGUGCCGCAUCAAGACGUUGUGUGUUGUCAUGUCAGUGUGUGAGUGUCGGUGAUCGAGACAGUGUGUCGCUCUCCUCGGAUAUCAUGGCGGCGCUGCCGAAGCUCUCCAGCAUGGGAUACCUCGUCGUGUCCGUCGUCCUUCUUCUCCUACAAGACGUGCGUCGUGCCCACGCCGCGCUGCAGACGUUCGAGCAGCCGCCCAGCUACACGGAGGUGAACCCGGACUCGGACGUGAAGCUGGUGUGCAAGAUCUACAACAAGCGGGGCAACUGCUCGUGGCAGAAGGACAACAAGCCCGUCGGCAUGUACCCCAAGAAGUACGAGUGGGCCGGCAGCCAGGAGCAGGGCGACUGCAGCAUCUGGAUCCGCAACGCCACCCUCAACUUCGACGACGGCCUCUGGGAGUGCCAGGUGACGGCCUCCGAGUUCACCACCGGGGACGCGCUCACGUCGCCGCCCGCUAAGCUCGUCGUCCGAGUGGCGCCCCAGACGCCGCGGAUCGAGUUCAACGGCUCCCACGUGCUGCCCGGCAGGAACGUGUCGGUGCGCGUCGGCAGCAGCGCCGUGGUCAAGUGCAUCUCCCGCUUCGGCAACCCGCCGGCCAACAUCCGGUGGCUGCUCGGCUCCGAGGACAUCACCAGCCAGGCGAACCAGACGAACGCCACGGAGGAGGACAACCACCGGCUGUACGUGGCCACGUCCUACGUGAGGAUCGCGUCGGUGCGCGACCUGCACCGCCAGCCGCUGCGCUGCGUCGCCAUGCACGAGUCGCACAGCACCAAGAGCCAGGACGCCGAGGUCAAGCUGGACGUGCACUACCCGCCCGAGGUGAGCCUGUCGGGGACGCCGACGUCCGACCUGGAGGAGAACGUGGACCGCGUGCUGCUGGCCUGCAAGGCGGACGCCAACCCGCCGGCCGCCGUCUUCUGGGAGGCCACGGACCGCGGCAACGAGCUGGUGUCCUCGCAGGAGACGCUGCAGUUCCUGCCCGUCACGCGCAAGAACGCCGGCCGCUACACGUGCCGCGCCAAGAACGAGGUGGGCUUCUCGCCGCCCGUCACCGUCUACCUGGACGUCAAGUACGCGCCCCGAGUGGUGGCCAUCGAGCCGCGCGUCCGCACCACGACGGUCAAGCUGGGCUCCAGCGUGUCCUUCAACUGCACGGCCGAGGGCAACCCCGAGCCGUCGUACCAGUGGCUGCAGAAGAUGCCCACCACGCAGGACACGGUCAUCAUCCGGGGGUCGCAGGCCGAGCUGGUGAUGCACAACGUGACGUACGAGCACCAGGGCGAGUACGUGUGCAAGGUGACGAACCUGAUCGGCGGCACGGAGCGCUCCGAGCAGAGCGAGAGCCUGUCCGUGCAGGUGAAGGGCGCGCCCCAGGUGCUGCGCAACGCCGUGGCCCGCGAGGUGAGCGUGCUGCGCGGCCAGGACGCGCACCUCAAGAUGGUGGUGUGCGCCGACCCCAAGCCCAGCAAGGUGCAGUGGCACUGGGGCUCGCUGGCCGUCGACUCGGGCGCCAACAGCGGCCGCUUCCAGGCUGAGGAGCUCCUGCAGGAGGAGCGCGAGGACUGCUACGAGGCGCGGCUGCACGUGCGCAGCGCCGACCUGGUGGACGCGCGGACGUACCACCUGACGGUGGAGAACGACCGCGGCGCCGACAGCCACAUGGUGCUGCUGGCCGUCCGGGGUGAGCACGAGGCUCGAGCAUCAGCAAAACCAGUUUCGAUGACAACUUUGCUGAGCGUUGCCUCUGGGUGCCUACUUCUGUUGUUACUUCUCGUUCUACUCUCUGUGUAUGCGGUUCGGAGAGAAAAAUGCUGUUUUGCCAUAGGGAGAGGUGACUUCAGGCCGGCGGAUUUGGAAAGGUUGGAUCGAGCAAAGGCAAAGAGAUUGGAUAAUCUUGAUUAUGACAUAAGCGAGAAGAGCGACGUGGACUCGACGUCCGGCAAGAAGACGCCCCGGAUAGACGGGUCGCUGGGCAACAACGCCGUGGUGGGCAUCGGGCCCGACCACCACUACGGCCACCAGUCCCCGAUCCCCGUGCACCACCGGAUACCCCAGCACAUCACGGCGGGCGGAUCCCCGGAGGCCAUGAAGGUUAGGCUAGCCGCCAUGGUGCUCCAGGCACCGACCAGGGUGUAGCGCAUCGCGCAGCCUAGCGCAGCCUAGCUCUGGCCCGGGGCCUGACGUCCUGACCUAGAGGUCCUGGCCCUGUGCCUUGUGGUCUGCUGCCCCGCCCCGCCCCGCCACCCCGCUUGGAUACUGCUAUAUGGCUGUGCCCAUAUGCCCCGCGCCCCGCCGCCGCAAGCCCUCCUAAACCCCCGUAGUGUGAGCUGCAGCAGUGUGACGCCAGUGUGUGUGUGUGUCCGUGUGUGUGUUGUGUGUCGUUGUGGUUUCACUGCCAAAGCUAACUUGCAAGUUUGGUCCUCAUUGUGUGAUGGCUCUCUUACUUUUUCUGCUCUCUUAGUGUUUUUUUUUCUGUCUCUCUCUUCUGUCCAUUAGAGUAAUGAAGUAGUGGGGCGGGUGAAAAGACCUAAUAGCUACUGAAAUGACAAUAAUUUUUCAAUUCUCCAGUUUUCUUGGAUUUUUUUAUCACUGCUUUUUAGUACAUAUCCAGAAUAUGUAGAAUAAGGUACUACCACAUUUGACCUAUUUGAAAAACAGGUUCUUAUUGUUAGAACGUCUUAGCAGGAGCGAGAUUUCCAUACGUCAAUUCAGGUCACUUGGGUCAAAUUUUGCAAAAUUCUUAAACAAGUAGAUUUGUGUGACCUAUUAUGUCAUCAGUAGUCCUCGCUGUGCCAUUAGGUUUUUUAAUAUAAUUUUUAUUAAAAAAGUAAUGUAGUUAGAAGAACAAGUUUAGGAGCUAUGAGCUAUUGGCUCAUCAGAGUCAGGUGAAUUGGAAGUUGGAAAUCCCAAGCAGGGUUGACAGGUCCCGUCCAGCAACAGCCUCCUCUCUGCUACCUAUGCUUUGCAUUUGUGUUUGUCCUCAGUGCAUCUCUUUGAACUGAUGCACUGUGUGCAAAGUGUAGUGUGUGUUGCUUAAAACUGUUGUGUCUGCAAAUGGACUGCCUCACACAACAGUGUGAACUGAACUAAUGUCUUUUAUCUGUGUGUUGCUGUGUGAUUUUUUUAUUCUCUUUAACCAAUGUGAGUCGUGAAGCCUCAAAAACUGUAAUUGUUUAUGCUGAUCUCAUUAGAAUCCUUAGAGGGUUUGAUCUCCAUAAUCAGCACUGAAAUGUCUUCCAUGUUGUCAAACCAGUUAUUUAAAAAAAAAAACAUUAUUUUAACGUUUGGUUUCACUUUUUGCACGUUUAUUUUGCACACUCAUAAUUUUUCACUUUUUUGUGUGUUUGUUUGUUUGUUUGUUUGAUUGUUUGUUUUUGUUUCUUGUUUUCCUUAAGAAGCCCAAUCUAUUAGAAAUGCAUAUCUGUAGUUGGAAUCUGCUUGAGCUCAUGGUUCUGAACAUAAAAUGUACUGAUGUCUUCAGACCAUGAGCCCACUGACUCCUUCUUGCUUCUGACCUUAGUGUACGCAGUACGCUGUGCUGAGGGUGAUUUUCAUGUAGAAUGUUCCUGCAUUUGUGCAACCAUGUUGUACAUCCUACUGUCAUAUUUAAUGUACUUAGGAGAAUAAGCCUCAGACUGAUUACGUAGAAUGCAAACUAGUACUAUGCAAAGCUCUAUCGUAGUGAACGUGCAUGCAAAAAUGCCAAUAAUGAUUGACACUUCUUCUUGUCAAAAAUUUUUACACAUAUGAAACCAAAUGCUUCUUGGGCAAUAAUUAAGACAUUUCCUAGAGACCCUCCCAUAAAAGGAUAAGUUUAUAAUUUUUACAUUGAAUAUUUAAUUUUAUUGUACCAUAUGAUGACUUAGUUUCAUCUUGUUGAUUUUGUGAAUAAUUAUUUAUGCCUUUGUAUUAUAUUAUUUAAAAAGCCCAUUUAUUCUGAGUGUAAAUUAAUGAAAAAAGUAAAUUGCCUAUUUAUGAAACUAUCCAUUUUACAAUGGAUGUGUCCUGUACAGUCAAUCUGCAUAGUCAGUCAAUCUAGACAUAAUCUGUAUAAAGAAGAGGUUGAGUGCAAAUAAAUUAAUUCUGUAAAUAUUGUAUUAAAAGCUGCCUUGUCAAAGCUUUGACAGUUUUUAAGUUACUUGUUUUUGUGUCAGAUAUUUCAGUACACAAAUAAAUGUUAUAAAAUAAGUUUUAUAACAAGAGAUUUA